GCCGCUAUGUGGUCCUCUUCAAGAUGGCUGCCCUGAAACUGAGGCGAGUCGAUGCCUCUUCGAAAAUUAAAUAAUAUACUCAUCUUCGUCGCUCGAUUGUGUGGGUGCCUGCGCCACAUUUGUUGCUCCCAGAAGCUCAGAGGAGGAUGAUCAGUGCCUAGAGCCCUCAUAAGCUGAAUGCAUUGUGAUUUCCAAUAAUUGAGACAGUGAUUCUGAAAGCUGUCUACAUUAAUGAAAAGAACAAUGUAGUCAGCUUAGCAUUUUCAACCAUGGUACAUGAUCAAUACAGUGAUGCGUUUCUGCAUGUAUUGCGAUUUUAGAUAAAAGAAUUCCGAUAGUUUUUUAAUUAGUACUUUGUAAAAAGUAAAUUAACAUAGAAAUGGAGAUAGAUGAUGUUCUACCCCCUCUCCCCUUGGAGCCACCUCACGAUUUGGCCCAAAAUGCGGAAAGAGCACCUCCACCACCUCCCCUGCAAACGUCCAGUGACGCAGAGGUAAUGGACGUUAGCUCUGGUGGUGAUGGACACACAGACACCCCAGGGGACGGGGAAGACCAGCCGCAUCAGCCCCUCGCUUCAACGUCCAUAACUUUUUGUAAUACGGUUUCCAAAAGUGAGGCCAAUCCUAUCCCACUGUGUCCAAGAACCGCACGGCACGCUCCCCCAGUCACCAAGUUUUUGCCUGAUCUUAAACUUCUCAGAGAUGUUAAGAUUCGUGUAAGCUUUGCAGAGAGCAGCAGCAAUAGUAAAGAUAGGAAGGUUUUGUACACAGGUGAAGGCCAAGAAAGCGAAGCAGAUGAAGGGUUAGACAGCGUUAAUGGUGGGUUGCAUGAUUUGACCAGUGAUCAGGAUGGUGGCGAGGGUAGUUCUGGAAAUGCAGCAGGGAGAUUAUCUGAGGAGAAUGAGAUAGAUAUGGAAAAUAAAGUAGAGUAUGCUGUUCUGGAUGAGUUUGAAGACUUCUAUGAGAACUUCCUGGACCCCGAUGACGGCACAUUUAAGUCUGACGCCAUAGUUCAGCAGGAGCAAGCAGAUGAUGAGGCUGUUGCUUUCUCCUAUGAGGAGGAGUUUGACAAUGAUGUGGAUGCCCUGCUGGAGGAGGGCAUGCCAGUCCCCAAAAAGCUGCGUCCCUCAGAGGACAAAUAUGGAGGAGACAGUGACCACCAGUCUGACGGAGAGGGAGGGGUCCAGCCCAUGAUGACCAAAAUUAAGACUGUUCUCAAGAGUAGGGGGCGCCCUCCUACUGAGCCUCUUCCUGAUGGAUGGAUCAUGACAUUCCAUAACUCUGGCAUUCCAGUCUACCUGCACAGAGAGACCAGAGUGGUCACCUGGUCCAGACCCUACUUCCUGGGAACCGGAAGUAUCAGGAAACACGACCCACCGACGAGCAGCAUCCCCUGUCUGCACUACAAGAAAAUGAAGGAGCAGGAGGAAAAGGAGCUCAAUGGUGAAAUGACUCAAAAUGCUGAGGAGUCUCCUGUCAAAUCCAGCAGACUGAAUAACGAAGCAGUGAUGAGCAGUACUGAGCCUCUGUGUCCAGCCCAUGAUGCAGACAACAUACCCUCCUCCAGUCAGCCCGACUCCUUUGAUGGAGAAGCUGAGGCCAACUCCCAGAGCAAAGACCCCCAGGCGUGUGACUCUGCGCAGGGGGCUUUGGGACAGGUCAAGGCCAAGGUGGAGGUCUGUAAAGAUGAGUCCAUAGAACUUGAAGAUUUUCGUCAGUACUUGGAGAAGUGCUUUGACUUUGAACAAGUGACAGUGAAGAAGUUUCGCACAUGGGCAGAGCGGCGGCAAUUCAACAGAGACAUGAAGAGGAAGCAGGCCGAGUCGGAGAGACCUAUCCUACCUGCCAACCAGAAGCUCAUCACACUGUCUGUACAAGAUGCACCCACCAAGAAAGAAUUUGUCAUCAACCCAAAUGGCAAGUCUGAAGUCUGCAUCCUACAUGAAUAUAUGCAACGUGUCCUAAAAGUUCGACCUGUUUACAACUUUUUUGAAUGUGAGAACCCAAGUGAACCUUUUGGAGCAUCUGUUAUUAUUGAUGGAGUAACCUAUGGUACAGGAACUGCAAGCAGUAAAAAACUUGCCAAGAAUAAAGCUGCUCGUGCCACACUGGAAAUCCUCAUCCCCGACUUUGUGAAGCAAACCUCAGAGGAAAAGCCGGUGGAGGGAGAUGAACUGGAGUAUUUUAAUCAUAUCAGUAUAGAGGACUCAAGAGUUUAUGAGUUGACCAAUAAAGCAGGACUACUUUCGCCAUAUCAGAUUCUACAUGAGUGCCUUAAAAGAAACCAUGGUAUGGGUGACACAAGCAUUAAAUUUGAGGUGAUUCCUGGGAAAAACCAGAAGAGUGAAUAUGUGAUGACCUGUGGGAAGCACACUGUACGAGGCUGGUGCAAAAACAAAAGAGUCGGAAAACAGUUGGCAUCCCAAAAGAUCUUGCAAAUGCUUCAUCCACAUGUGAAAAACUGGGGUUCGCUGCUGAGAAUGUACGGGAGGGAGAGCAACAAGAUGGUGAAGAAGGAGAGCUCAGACAAGAGUGUGAUUGAGCUUCAGCAGUAUGCCAAAAAGAACAAGCCAAACCUACAUAUCCUGAACAAACUGCAAGAAGAAAUGAGAAAACUGGCCAAACAGAGGGAGGAGACCAGGAAGAAACCUAAGAUGACCAUUAUGGAGUCUGCCCAACCCGGGAGCGAACCCCUCUGCACUGUUGACGUUUAAGGAAGAAUCUUUAACCCCCACUGAAACCAGUCACUGUCCAAAACACGUGUCGCUACCUUAAAAAAAUGCAUCACUUAGUGGCAAUAUAGUCAGACAAGCUGCUCGCAUCCUUCGGCCACAUUUUAUGACUUUAUUUGUUUGAGUCGGACUAACAUGCACAGUUGAGCAAAUGCCAUCUACCUCUCUAGUUGUUGGAGAGGUUCAAGGUGAAUUGGUCAAGUCAAAAAUGAAAUUAGUGUAUGUUUUUUUCCAUAUGGGUUUUGUUUUAAAUGUUUUCUACGAUCAGUUGUACCGAUAUCUGUGCUUUACAAUAUUUAAAAAGGGACUACUAAUAAAUGUACGUAUUUAUGCUCUUUGUGAUACCAGAGGAGUUGAUAAUUGGAUUUCUCACUUGGUAGUGUGGUUGGUUUUAUUUCGUGAUGGGCACAAAAUAUUCCAUAAUUUGCUGGAGAAAGAUGCUGUCUUGAUUUGCACGAUCAAAAGUUGUGUUGUGAAGUCACUAUUUAAGGUUGUUAUGCACUUGUCUUGUUCUUUUUGUUGACUGCUCUUGCUGUGUUUGGUACUAAAAUAAGUGCUUUUGAGAAAUUUUCAAGUUAACUUUUUUUAUUUGGACAAGAAAAUCGCACUGCUCCAUAUUGACCCUGCAACUGGCAUAGGUAGUCAUAGUGUGGCAAUUUUUUAAACUAAAUGUUACAUUAAAAUGUACUACAUUUUUUAACUAAUGGCAUAUACACAGGCCACAAUUUCAUAGGCACCUUUUUGUCUUUUGACUACAUGUCACCUUAGAUUAUCAUUUUGAAUGUUGGACCUAAAACACCUUUUAAAAUGAAAUGUGCAGAACUGACACUUUUGCCCGGUAUUUUAAAAAUGCCUCUGGCCAAAUAAGUGUAUUGAGGUUUUGUGAUAAACCAACAAAACAACAUAACCAAAGCUAGCAGUUAUAUGCAUUUAUAGAAUAUUUCAUGGCAGCAAAUUCAUCUACAUUGUUAAAUCUAGCUGGUGUAAAAUAGAAAUGCAUUUAGAUUGCUUAAAGAAUGUGCUAUUUGUUGUCUUCUGUGUUGGUGCAAGAAGGAUCAAUUUAUUUUGCUGUUGCAUUGUAAUAACUUUGAGAUGUUCUGCUUAGAAAAUGAAGUAGACCUAUUUGAGCUCAUUGACUUCAGUGAUGUUUGUUAUGCAAAAUAAAACGUCCUGAACAUGA